UUUCACCCUUCUCUGUGUUGUGAUUCCGGCUUCAUGUAAACGGAUAGAAAUUUAGUUUCUGUAAACAGAAAUACAGUUUUUGAAUCAUGCCCUUAAAUAGGUAAUAUCAUCCUCAUAGUUGUGACUAAGUGUUGAAUCAAGCAGGAAUAUCUGGAGGAGAAUCAUCUGAACUGCUGUGAAGAUGGUGUUUGUUAAAGAAGAGAGUAAAGAGAACAUGAUUGAACCAGAAACAUGGAGAAUAAAACAAGAAGAACCAGAAACCUGUAGAAGAAAAAACACGAGGAACAAGACUUGUUUGAAGGUAAUGAGGAGAAAGAAGAACUGAGUGAAUUUGAGGAGAAAUGUCAUGUUAAUAGUGGAAAAAAACCCAAACAGAAAAGUGUAAGGAAAAGAAGAGGCGAUAAAUCUUUCACCUGCACUCAGUGCGGAAAGAGUUUCACUCGCAAAACAAGUCUCGAGCUUCACAUGAGAGUUCAUACCGGAGAGAAACCGUUCGCUUGUGAUCAGUGCGGGAUGACUUUCACGUACUCCUCGAACCUUAAGAAACACACGAACACUCACAUUGGAGAGAAGCUGUACUCAUGCGAUCAAUGCAGCAAAACGUUCUCAAGCGCUUCGGCCCUGAAGCGGCACCUGAAGAUUCACUCAAGGGACACGCCGAAUUCAUGUUGCCUGUGUGGAAAGAGUUUUUCACUUCUUUGCAGCUCGAAAACCCACCAGAAAAUAUACACCGGUGAGGGAGAGUACGUGAGUGCAUGCUUUGAGUGCGGAAAGACGGUUUCUUCAGCAAACUGUUUAAAAGUUCGUCAGAGGAUUCAUACCAUCAAGAACCCUUUCAAGUGUUUACACUGUGACAAGAGAUUCAGUGAUUCGUCGCAUCUGAGAACGCAUGAGAGGACCCACACCGGAGAGAAACCUUACGAGUGUUCACACUGCGAGAAGAGAUUCAGUCAUUCAGCAACUCUGAAAACACACGAGAGGACCCACACCGGAGAGAAACCCUACGAGUGUUCAAACUGUGACAAGAGAUUCAGUCAGUCAACGCAUCUGAAAACACACGAGAGGAUCCACACCGGAGAGAAGCCUUAUAAGUGUUCACACUGCAGCAAGAGAUUCAGUCAGUCAGGGGUCCUGAAUAGACAUGAGAGGAUCCACACUUGAGAGAAACCGUCUCGAAGCUCUGCAUGUCAGAAGUGUUUUGCUGUUUUAUCUGGUCAAACAUCUCAGUAAGUAGUGAUCUUCAGCUCUUUCAGGUCUAUGGCUGCGUCUUCACCAAAGGAGAAGAAAGAAGAAAGCCAUAUACACCUAGGAUGGCUUCGGGUAUAAUAUGGGGUGAUUUUCAUUUUUUGGGUGAACUAUUACAUUUACAUUUACAUUUAGUCAUU